AUCUAUGGAUAUGAUCGGACGAGCAAGAGAAACAGUAAAUGUUAAACCGAAAUGAGUUUUCUACUACUGCUGCUUUGCAUUUCUGCACUGAUACCAGUAGCUGAACAAAAACCAUUAUGCUUAAUCACUGCUCCAAACAUUGUUCAUGUUGGAGUGGAUGAGACUGUGUCAGUUCAGGUGCAUGGAGCCACGAAUCCUGUCAAUGUUGAUCUUUUCUUUGAGGAUCAGAUAAACAGACGAAAAGUGUCAAGCGAAGUUCAUUUGUCUCUCAACGAGGGAAACAAAUAUCAGGGAAUUGUGAAGUUGAAGGUGGAUCCAGAAUUAAUUAAAAACUUGGAAAAAGCCAAACGCCACAGGUCGCCAUAUGUCUCUCUUGUAGCUCAGAGUACAGAUCUUUUUGAGAAAAAAUAUGAAAAAGGUGAAUUUAUUCUUGGAAGCAUGAAGAAAGCAAAUAUCCUCUUGUCAACCAGAAAGGGCUAUAUUUUCAUUCAGACAGAUAAACCCAUCUACACACCAAAUGAAAUAGUCAAAUUCAGAAUCUUCACAUUAGAUGACUACAUGAGACCUACAGAAGAAACGAUUAAAAUCAGCAUAUUUAAUUCUAAAGGUUUGCUGGUCUACAAUAUUUGGAAGAACACCAAUCAAAUUAUUCAACAAUAUCUAACAAUCCCUGAUGUUGCACAGUAAGUAACCCUAGACCUUUAAA